AUGGAGACGUAUUACGGACACGUUCGCACACCCGCGGACGCUAUCAUUCUUUUCGAGGCUUGUCGCAUCGGCCUUUUACCUCGUGUACAAAGACGAUUAUCAGAGAAAGAGCGACAAUCAAUCCGGUCCGGUUCAGUCUUUGUAUGGGAUGAGCGAGAAGCGGGUAUGCGGCGAUGGACCGACGGGAAGUCAUGGAGUGCCAGUCGUGUAUCCGGUAGCUUUUUGACUUAUCGCGAAAUGGAAGGCAAACGUGGAGGCGGCAGUGUUUCUCAGGGCUCUACCUCUCGAGGAGGCAAGACUCCUGAGAGUCGGGGCAGUGACGAUGACCGGGGCGAUGGCACAGACGAGGGACCAGAUGGCUACCGUUACAAGCCAGAUGGUUUGAUGAAACAAUCCUUCAGUAUCACGACAUCAAACGGUCAACACUUGCAUCUGAUCAGCUAUUACUCACGUUCCCAUCCUUCUGCCGCCAACUUGCAACAACCAACUUCAGAUCCUGCGCUGCGCCAUGUUCGACCCCAGAAAGGUCUCUAUCCCGAAUCGACAGUCAAUGAUCAGCAAAAUCUCCCUGUCGUUACCCGUGGACCUAUGGCAGGCGCUGCUUACCCCAUCACUCCUCAUCCCCUCGGCGCAUACCCGCGCGUCACUCAUACACAGCCAUACCCGCCUGCCUAUGCUUGGCCGCCUACUCCUCUCGCCACACCACCGACUGUCUCGGUUCAAUAUGGCCCUGGCCCUUCAUAUCUCCCCCCGGUAGGUGCCAAUGGACAUCAUCAUUAUGGCCCGCCACAUCACCAGCCUCCACCCCAUCAACAUGGCGGACUUCCACCGCCUCCACAUGGGAUGUCAGGCCCAUAUGAUCGACCACAUAUGGAAUCAACAUUACCUCCAGCUGGACCGCCACAACAACCAAGCUACAUGAACCGAUCGCCACGCUCAAUACACGACGCUCACGCACAUGCCCAUGCCCAUGCUCAGGCCCAAGCCCACGCCCACGCAGCACACGCUCACGAGCAACGCACCCCACCGGUCUACGGACAUGCUCUAGUUGAUCCUCGCAUGGCAUCACCGCGCGUGCCAGUUCAGUCCAUUGCGCAGUCAAACGGACACGCGCACAGUCCUCACCUGGUGAAGCAGGAGCAUUCCGCCUCGUUGCCCUCUCUCAACCCGAUCGCCGUCUCACCAAAGUCCUCCGACCCGGCGAGUGCUGGAAAUGCAGUUCCUGGCAUCAACUCAUUAAUGAACGGUGCAUCGCUGGCACCUCUUUCCGCAACUGCCUCUCCCGGUGGUCCGGCCACGAGCUCGAACGGAGCCCCCGCACAGAGCUCUUUCGCUGACGGGCCACGAGAUAUUCCUAAUGAGAAGAUCGGAUUCGGUGGUGAGGACACGAGGGCGUUGCGCCAGCUGGACCGCGCCUUCAUCGCAUGA